AACUUCGUUUGAAAUUUAAAUUGGAAAAGGUUAUUUUUCGAAAAGCUCCUCCAUCUUUUCCAAUAGCCUUGACCAAUUUUCAUCUUCCUCAAAUGCUUGCUUCUUCUUUUCAACUUUUCUUAGAACCAUUUAUCUUCUUUCUCAACUUCUAG